AUGAUAAUGAUCAAACAACCUUCCGUUCGUAAAGCAGCAUUUAAUAUAGACUAUUUAAUAUCAUCUCAUAAUGAUAAUGAUAAAUCAACAAUAUCUAAUUCUGAUAAUGAUUUAAUUUCAACAGAAAUUCAACCGAUAACAUCAUCGUAUCAUUCAACAUCAUUUAUUCAUCCGUUAGCAAAUAUUUUACGUUCAAUCAAUCCGUAUGUUGGAAUUUUAACAAAUAGUUAUAAUUCAUCCAUUGGUAAUUGUGCAAGUAUUGAAACAACAAAUAAUGGAAUUAUACAUCAUAAAACAAAAUAUCAAAAACAUUUACAAAAAUAUUCACAUAAACCACAACAUCAUAAAAAAUUUGAAAGAUCAAUGUCAACAGAUGAACAAAAAUUGAAUAUUAUCAAUAGAUCACAUGAAUCGGCCUCUGAUUCAACAAAUACUUCGGCUAACGAUAAAUUAAUACCAUUUGAGUUUAAACGUAUGCGUACUGCCUUUACGUCGACACAAUUACUCGAAUUAGAACGUGAAUUUUCUACAUCCAUGUAUCUAUCACGUUUACGACGUAUUGAAAUCGCCUCAUAUUUAAAUUUAACCGAAAAACAAGUGAAAAUAUGGUUUCAAAAUAGACGUGUCAAAUACAAGAAAGAAGGUAUUAAUGAUCAACAAUCAUCAACAACAACAUCCUCGAUAUUAACAUUGUCUACAGAUGCACGGAGAAAAUAUCUGAGAACAUGUCAAAAUCAUCAAACAACAGCGACAAAUCAGAAAAAAUAUUACUUUAAUAACAAAAAACAAGAGUUAUAG